UCAUGUCCAAGAUGUCACCGUUAGUGAUUCUUCUACUCAGCGUUGUGUUAAAACAAGGCUCAUCCAUUCAAUACACACCCGUGAUAAGAAUCAMAAGCGGUCCAAUACGAGGUAUUGUCAGCCAGCUCAAUACCGGUGGUACCAUCAGAAAAUAUCUCGGUAUACCUUUCGCUAAAGCAGAGCGUUUUGGUAAACCCACGGACCCAGACCCCUGGACUGACCUCAAAGAUGUAAACACUAAAGGAAAGAUGUGUCCACAGCAAUGGCGAAAAUUCCGUGAUAUGAGCGAAGAUUGUUUGAAUUUGAACGUGUUUGUCCCUGCAGGGUCCGGUUCAUCACUGUCUGUAAUGSUAUGGAUUCAUGGUGGGUCUUUUCGAACUGGUUCGAAUAACUACGAUGGCAGUUAUUUAGCAUCACUUGGCGGGGUUAUUGUAGUAACUAUCAACUACAGACUCAAUGUAUUUGGGUUCUUGGCAACUGGUAAGGAAGUGGGCGACCUUAAAGGAAACUAUGGCAUGUUGGAUCAGAUUCACGCGUUGACUUGGGUCAAAGAUAACAUAAAAGAAUUUGGCGGUAAUCCUAACAAGGUGACCAUAUUUGGCGUGUCUGCUGGGGGUGCUAGUGUCUCGCAUCUGGUUYUAUCMCCUWUGGCAAAAGGWCUUUUCAAAAACGCCAUUCCACAGGCYGGUGAUGCUACUGCCGAAUGGGCGUAUCUUACUUAUAACGAAGCCUCAAGAACAACAAAAUUAGUUGGCAAAGUUCUUGGGUGUGAAAACACCCAGAGAUUGGUGGAAUGCAUGAAGUCCAAGAGUAUUAAAGACAUUGUUAUGAGCAUUAAUAAGAUAAGAGCUUCAGGAGGAAGGUUUGCUCCUGUUAUUGGAGGACCAUUUCAACCUGAAGAAASUCCCGAAGCUUUUCUUACCAAAGGAAAUGUCAAAGUCAACGUUCUGAUUGGAUUCAAUAACGAUGAAGGAACCGUGGUCACUAAUGCAGUUAAAGGGGCAGGGAGCGGCUUCAAUGUCACCAAUGGAUUCGAGAGAUCGGUCUUUGAAUCUGCGCUUAAAGGUGCAAAGGUAAACUGGCUUGUACGAGGUCAAAACAAGGUGAUCAACGAAGCAAUACUCUACCGCUAUACGGACUGGGAUAACGUCACAGAUCGSUAYAGAAACAGAAGAAUGCUUCUAGAUAUGCUUGCAGAUGUUCUCUUCAUUGCUCCUGCAAUCAAGACGGCUAGAGAACUAGUCAAUAAGUCUGUAGUAACGUAUGUAUACCAGCUACAAUACCGCUUUAGCACCGCGUCACGUCCGGUGCCGUCUUGGGUCGGUGCCUACCAUGCCGCCGACAAGUUUAUCAUAUUUGGUCARCCAUUUUCCCUGGCUGCUGCAUCUAACGCUUCAGUUUACACCAAAGAUGCUAACUUUAGUCGAGCAGUGAUAAGAAUGUGGACCAACUUCGCUAAAACAGGGGAUCCCAAUAAACCUGCCGACAUCGGUAUAGUAUGGCCACAGUACGACCUCAAACAACAACAGUUCAUGGCACUUAAACCUAACAUGGCUGUACAAGCGAAACUACGUAACGAUUACGUGGCUUUUUGGAACAGUUUUGUACCAGCAGUCCUUAAGUCGAUGCCUAAACCCUCGCCGUCAUCUCAAGAACACAGUACUGGUUCUGUGAUUGUCAGCGGUUUGAUGACAGCUGUUCUCCCCAUAUUGUAUGCUGGCCUGCUGCCAUGACUAUAGUCACGAUAGAUAUUUUUCAAAUACUUUCGUUUUCAGUUCCACAUUCAAGAUAUAGUAUGUAGCUUGAUCAGUUUAAAUCUUACGCCAGUUUUUAGAAGUUAUAAUACGGCAUCAUUACAUGAGUGAAAUUCAGAUUCUGAUUAAAACUGAAAUGAGUGUGCACUAUAAAUGGGGGGAAUUCCCCGGGAAUCCCCCGACACCAUCAUCAUCCCUCAAGAUGACAUUUGAAACCAAAUGUCUAAAUAAUCAUUGUCCAACGACCCUCACUCACUUCAGUCAUAUUACACUCUGUUURUGAAUUGGUGUAAAACACAAUUGUGAAAAUGCUGAAUUUCCUGUGGACUUUGACCUGAUUUGGUUGUGCGGCAUUGAUUUGAAGUAAGGCCUMAAGUCAAGGGAAAUUUUCCCCCGGGAAAUCCCCUUUUAUAUCUCUGGAUCUAUGAAACAUAACAGAUGUUUACUAUUC